AGCAUCUGCCUCCACACACACACACACACACACACACACACACACAGACGGGGAGGAUGCUGCCGCGGUUCAGACAACAGACGCGGAGCUGAAGAAGAAGAAGAAGAAGAAGAAGAACCGGGCGGACUGACGGACGCCGACACCAGGACCGAACCAACACUGAGCCACCGGGGCCAGGUCGAACCUCCCGCCGGACCGGGCCGAACCUCCAGUCCGUCGGUGUGAUUGUACUGUGAGCCCGGAGCGGACCGGAGCGGACCGGAGGAGAGGGAGGAUGAAGAAGAGCCAGCCGGGCAGACGGGGCGUUCAGGACUCGGGUCAGCAGGCCGCCCAGCAGCCGGAGAAGGCGGGCUGGAUCAGGAAGUUCUGUGGCCGAGGAAUCUUCAGAGAGCUGUGGCGGAACCGCUACGUGGUUCUGAGAGGAGACCGGCUCUACAUCUCCGACAAGGAGGUGAGAGACGAGCGUAAAGCUCAGGAGGUGUUCGACCUGGCCGACUACGAGCGCUCGGAGGAGCUGAGGAAAGCAAAGAGUCGCAGUAAGAAGAACCACAGCCGCUUCACUGUGCUGCGCUGCCGCCGGCCCGGGAACACUGUUCCCAACCUCGUGUUUCUGGCGGUGAGUCCUGAGGAGAAGGAAUCGUGGGUAAAUGCCUUCAACGUGGCAAUCAUCAAGGCCAAGAACCGCAUUUUAGACGAGGUGACCAUCGAGGAGGACAGUGUUCUGGUUCAUCCCACCAGAGACCGGGCCAAGAUCCCUCAUGGCCGCCGGCUGCCGACCAGAGGACACCUCAUGGCCGUGGCGUCCACGUCUUCCCACGGCAUGCUGACCCUCGACCUGGUCGCUGAAGAGGACGGUUUCUCUCCGGACUACGACUGCGACUCCUGGGAGAACAGCUUCCAGGCUGACCUGCAAGGGGGGGGAUCCUGUGGACAGGUAGCGAUGGCCGGAUCUCAGGGGGUUGGAGUUCGUCAGCGAGCCGACACCGACGUGUCAAAGCUCCGGAUGACCUCCAAGGAGCCCAAAGUGAAGACCGGCAGUCUGCCCAGGGGGAGUGAACGGUCCUGGGGCAAACACUCGAGCCUGGAGGCCUCCAAGGUCCCAAAGACCCAGCAAGUCCAGGUCCUUCAGGCUCAGUCUCGAACGCCGCAGCCAGGGAAGAGGUUCAGCUUGCAGGGCCGGAGUCGCUGUGCCUCCAUGGAUGAAGUCCUCUCUUCCAGACCGGCGAUGAUUCGCUCUGAAUUGCGCUCCGCUCUGCGGCGCUGUCCAACUGAAGAGGAAGCAGGGGGCGGAGCUUCAGUUCAGCCGGUCGGUCAGCUGCAGAGCCUCAUCGCCCAGAGGAUGCAGAGAGCUCAGGAGCUGCUGGAGGAGAUGAGACUGCAGGAGCUGCAGAAGGCCAAAGCAGAGAGAGAACGAGGAGGCAGCUCACCUUACCUGAAGGGCGUCGACUCCCCUCGCCUCCAUCACCUCAGGGGCUCCGACUCGCCUCACUCCAGCAGGUCGUCUGGAUCUCCAAGGAGCAGGAGCAGCGACUCCCCUCGGCUCCGGGGGAAAGACUCUCCUCGUCUGAGAGGGAGGGAGUCUCCUCGACCUAAAGCCAAGAAGAACCGCUCCAAAGGGACGGAGUCGCCUCGCUCCAGAGGAUCACAUUCACCUGCUGCUAAAGGAAACGACUCUCCUCGCCUGAAAGAUUCACCUCGUCUGACUGCCGACUCUCCUCGGAGCUCCAGCAAAGUUCAUUCACCAAAACUCAAAGGAUCGUACAGCUCCUCCUCCAACAAGAACGAAUCCCCUGCACAGAAAUCACCUGAUUCUCCUCCAUGUUUCAGAGGAUCCGACUCCUCUCAGCCUACAGGAUCUGAAUCACCACGAGGCAGCGAGACAGACUCCCCUCCUCAGGGGAGCAGCAAGGAGUCGCCAUGCUUGAGUCAGAAGGACUCCCCAAGUCUUUCUGGAUCCUUUGAGACUUCGCUGCCCAAAACCCCUGACAAACAUCACUCGCCUCCACCUCCACCCUCCUCGCCUCCCUCCCAUCUGUCGGAGGAGGAGCUGGAGGUGGAGAGCAAGCGCAUUGAGGCCGAGCGCCUCCUGGAGGAGGCCGUGUCAUCGUGGAAGGAGGCGCAGGAGGUCCUGCAGGAGGUGAAGGAGCUGCAGAGCCAGACGCUGCGGCGGCAGCGCAGGAGGACCUACGAAAAGAUGACGCCCACAGCAGUGGCGCCCGUGUCGCCCGUGGCAACUGCAGCAGCAGAUGAGGAUGACACGCCCACCUCGCCAACAUCACCCGAGGACGACGACGAGUCCGAGACACCUUGAUGAACAAAUAUUUAUUGAAUUAUUGAAUUUUCUGAAUGAAAGUAGCAGCGUUGUUCAGCAUGCUGAUGCACAACAGAAGCAGAUUCAUCAUUUGGGAGUUUUAACUUUUGUUUCGAUUUUUAAUCCAGGACGGACGCGAACAUGUAAGAGUGGAUGUGGAUGAUUUGAAACCAGCGAUACAGUUCUUCCAGGAGGGUUAAUGACUUUAAUCCUCCGCAGUGCACUACGCCCUCUCACUCUGCUGCCGUUUACUCCACAAAGUCUCCGUUUGUGACAGAUGUCACAGUUAGUUUGAGUGAAACGAGAGGCGCUCGCUUCACCUUCGCUGAUGGUGCUGCACGUUUCUCCUCUUUGUCUUUUUCUGCUGAAGGUGAAGCGAAACGCCUCUCUGACCGUUUCAGAGACGAGUUUUUACACACUGAGCUUUUUGGAAGAUUUUUGGGGUUUGAAAAGACAGUUUAUCACGUUUUUCCAAACAAAGAUGUCAACGUUUAUACGACGGGAACUUUUUCAAUACGAUGAGACCAUGAAGGCACUGAAGAGCACUGCGUUUCCUACGGCUUUUUAAGGAUACAGCAAAAAUCAACACUGAUUAUUAAGAACUUAAAUGUUUUAUCUGUUUUAUUUGCCGUCUUCUUAUUUCUGUUAAAAUAUCUUAUGAAUUGUAACCGUCUGUGAUUUUGUUGUAGCCUCGUAUCUCCGUCCUGUCCUCCAGCUCGCUGACGACAGACAUUCGUCGAGCUCUACAAAGAAUCAGGGAGUUUAACAUUCUUCACCACAGAGAAAGAAAAAGCAAUAAUGUGGAACUCGUAUCAGAACCGAAGGCGUGACUGGAUUCACCUGCUGGGACGAACUUCAGCUGCUGGGCUCUGAUCUCUUCUCACUCCUGUGCAAUAUGUUGUUUCAUGUGAGAAUCAUCAUCAUCAGAUCAUCAGGUGAAGCAGCUCGAGGCCUCAGGUGUGUUUCUGUGCUGCUUUUUACUGCAGAGUUUAAAUUUAAUUUGCACCUUUAAACCUGACUGAUGCUGAAUAUCUGAGGACUGAUACUGAGUCACAGAGUUUAACAGAAGCAAAUAUAAACACUUUGGUUCAUACAAGACAUGAAAUAAUCCGUAAAAAAAUCCCUGUUGAAUAAUUACGACCAGGUUAUGUUUUAAAAAGAGACUUUUCACAGGUGGAUCAGAGAUCAGUGGACCGACUGAGAGGAACCUGGACACAGAAGACGCUUUAACCUUUGGACUUUAUUAUCGGACCAAAUGGAUCAAAUCCUGAAGAAGUAUUUUAGUAUUUUAACCAUUUUAAAGCUGCUUCUUUAACAGCUGCGCCUCGCGUCACACAUUUUGUCCACUUUAUUAAACUUUAACCUUUAAACGCUUCAAGGUUUCACAGCCAAACUCCCUGUGAAGCCAUUCAGCACCAGAACUGGAUCCAUUUGGUCUGAAAACAUCUGGAGAGUGAACGUGUUGUGGUUUUAUGUUACGUAGAGUGAAGUCAGGAUCAUAAUCAAUAACUAGAAGGACCUCAGACUGGUCACACAGAGACUCAACACCAACAGAACCACCGUGUUCUGAUGGUCCAGUCUGAGCUUUACAGUCAUUACUUUACAUAUGAGGUCUGGUUCUGACCCGGCCCGGCUGCUGUUCAGUCCAAAGAAAACCUUCUGAGCUGUCAACAGAGUCUCUGUGUGAUCGGCUCUGUAUCAAUGAGCUGAUAUCUGCUGAUCAGAAUCACAUUCGUGUUUCUCACACGUUAACAGUGCCGAAGCAUUCGAUCAAUAACUGUAUACACAGAGUUUACUAACAGAAGAUUCAAUCUGAUUGAUCAAACUAAACAUCUUCAAAUAACUGCAGUGAAAUAUGCACUUUUAUUUAAAACAUUAUAAACGACAUGAAGAGCUGAUUUCAUAUUGAUCAGUGAUCAGCUGAUGUAUCAGUCAGAUAUCUCAGUUCAGUCACGUUUGAGCUGCUUCUGUAACUUUUAAUAAUCACAUGAACUGUCACGUCACGUUUGUUACUGAAGAAGAAGAAGAAGGAGAAGAAGAAGGAGAAGAAGAAGAAGAAGAGGGAGAAGAAGAAGGAGAAGAAGGAGAAGAAGAAGAAGGAGAAGAAGAAGAAGGAGAAGAAGAAGAAGAAGAAGAGGGAGAAGAAGAAGGAGAAGGAGGAGAAGAAGAAGAAGAAGAAGAGGGAGAAGAAGAAGAAGAAGGAGAAGAAGAAGAAGAGGGAGACACCGACACUGUUUCGUUGUGCUGUUGUGAUGUUUGUUAAGAUGUAUUUUUAUUUAUUUAUUUGAACAUUUUUGCACAUUUAAAACGUUCACGACUGUUUGAUGAUUCCACACUUUGUUACAAUAUGAAAAACUGUAAAUGUUUUUUUUCUUUUCAUGCUCAAUUUAUUUAACUAAAGAUUUAUAUGUUGAUGUUUUUGAAUGAUGUUGUGUGAAUUAUUACUGUAUACAGCGAUGCAUUAUGGGUAAACAGAGCCAAAAACACGGUUUACUUUCUGUUUGAGCUUCCAAACCUGGUUUUCACAUGCAAGAAUUAAAUAAGCUACAAAUUUAAAA